AUGUGUCUCUGUCUCCCAGGGGCUACUCUACGGUUGGACACCUGGGAUGGGUGGGCGGAGUUCCUCAGAGGCUGCUUCCUGGGACACAGACUGACCGUCCAACGACACCUGUCUAGGGAGAGACCUGUGAUGAGGUUCCAGCUCCGGGUGGCACUCUACAUCGCUGCUUCUCUGGGCCACCUGGACCUGGCCGGCUGGCUGCUGGAGAGGGGGGUGCGUGUCAUUGAGCCGGUGGGGGUUCACCCUUACCGUGAGUGGUGCCACCAGACGGCCCACCCCGACGUCGCCAAGUGUCCCGCUGUCGCCUCCAUCGAGCGCGGCCAGCUCACCAUCCUCAAACUCUUUAUUGCCAGCAGCGUUCUGACCCUUGCCUGUCGGGAUCCCCAGGGUCGCGACCCCCUGAGGAUCGCCCUUCAAUACGGCCACAGGGAGUGUGUGAGUCACCUGGCCACCAGGCUGUGCUCUGUGGUGGUCCUCCCAGGUAUGGCCCUGCCCAUGCGGACAUACCUCCAGAUAAAGGGCUGGGUGAGGCUGGGGCAGAGGAGGGCAGCAUCCAGGCACUGCAUGGGCCUCAACAGGGCUCCGUUCAGGACCAGGGUGGGCGACACGGUCCUGGUGGACGGCUUCACCCUCCCCAAGAUGUCCUCCAAGCCCAGGAGGAGUGAGGCCAAGGCGGGUAUCAGGGUGAUGUCCACAGCCUCUCAAAGUUUGACCCCCAUCAACUGCCCAUCUCAUGUAACCUGCCCGCUCCGUGCCCUGGCAUCCCAGGAUAAACCUCUUCAACUACCGAAGCAACACCCUGUGGCCACGAGUGAUGAAAGAGAGAACAAGAGGGGAUGUGGAGGGAAGGGAUGUGAGGAGGAUGAGAGUGGGGAUCAGAACAGCAACCAAUGGAGGAGCAGAGUCCCGCUCCCGCCCAUUUCCAGAGACACCAAUCUCAGACCUGUGUUUGACUCGCCAAACUCCGCCCAGAUCCUCACCACCUCACUGGAGGCCUUUUCUCUCCACUGCGACCGCACACCCAGAGAAAACGCCAUAUACUGUUUGGCCUUGGCCAGUGCCUUCACACAGAGACCAUGGUUGCAGCAGCUGAAUGUAGCGCGGACUCUGUCCAGGAGGAGUGCUCAGCACAUUGGGUAGACACCAGGAUCCUGGUCAUUAGGCAGAUUAAACAUACUGAAACAAGGAGGGACAACCUGGAAUUGUCCAAAAAGGAACUCUUAUUUGAGUUUUUAUUUUUAUUUUUUACAGUGAACAAGAUGAGACUUUGGAACGGAUGAUGCCUGAAACAAUGCGGACGACUUAGAAUUUCGUUCCUUUGGAUGAGGCUUAUAGAUAUAGUCUUUGCCUGUUUGAUGGUUAGUCUGAGGGCAUAGCAGGAUUUCAUAUAAGUGUCUGGAUUAGUGUCCCGCUCCUUGAAAGAAGCAGCUCUAGCCUUUAGCGUGGUGUGGAUGUUGCCUGUAAUCCAUGGCUUCUGUCGGUGAUAUGUACAUACGGUCACUGUGGGCACGACGUUGUCGAUCCGCUUAUUGAUGUAGUCUGUGACUGAGGUGGUAUACUCCUCAAUG